CGCAAACCACGCCUCCCCGGCACCAUGAGCCUCUCCGGCUGGAACAUGGUGCGCACCCUCUGACUGAAAGCGGAGACUGCAGCCCGUCCUCAGAAAAUUAUUGUCCGUUUGAGACGACCUUUCACCUUUUACCUUACAUCCCAUGUGAAGACAAAAUGGCCGCGUAUGUCUUGAACAUAUCCAGGAUAUUUUCUCGUGAAUUGAUUUCAGCUUCAUUCCAGUUUCAUCGAUAUCUGUUCUCCCUGCAGCCGCCGCUGAAGCCUCCCCGCCUCUCUGCUCUCUUCACACACCAGUUCGGGAGUUCAGCAGCAUGUUGGCAGGAGGCUGAGGUCCAGGCGGCACAGACUGCAGAUCGGUACAAACAAAGACCCUGGGAUUACCUGGACAGUGACGAGUAUGUUGAGCGGUACGGCAGCAGUGUGGUGUGGGCAGGCUACAGGAGGAACCAUAAGGGAGGCAUCCCGCCCCAGAAGACACGCAAGACUUGCAUUAGAGGAGACAAGAUAUGUGGACACCCCUGUCCAAUUUGUAGAGAUCCUAACAUUAUCAUCCACCAUCAGAAUGUGAAAUUACUCCAGCAAUUUAUCAGCCCACACUCUGGAAUGGUGUAUGAUCCCACUCUGACUGGUGUGUGUAUGAAACAACAGAAAAAGCUGAAUGAAGCCAUUGACAAAGCAAGAGAUGACGGUUUACUUCCUUUUCAGAUUCCACAUGUGGAUUUUUCAGGAGAGGAUUAUUGCAACACUCAUGAUGCUGUUGGACUCACAUCCCCUCCACCAUUCCUUAGCCCUAAUGGACCCUGGUAUAAAUGGUAUGGAGAAAUAUCGCCUGAUGAUAAGAAGGUGGAUCAACUCAAGAAGAUAUACAAGGCUUAUUUAAAACACUAGCGUCGUGAAAAAUGCUUACAAUCUACCAGACUUCAACAUGCCUGAACAUUCUACUGAAGUUAAUAAAUAAAAUAACAAAAUGCAA